UGGCAAGCCAGGAAAGCGGGAAAUGCAGUUGAUGUUUCCCACGGGUUGCAUCUGGCCAAUGCUUGCCGUCUAGGAAGCGCCAGCAUCGGCGCCAGGCCGGGGUCCAUCACCAAUGAGGUGGCAGAAGUAGCCGUUUGGUUGACAGCCGUCACACGCCUAGCGUGUGAUGGGGAAGGCGAUCUGCAUGCUCCCAGCAACCCUCUCGGAGUACGCAACGAGACUAAGAGAGGGAUCUGCCCUCCGGUUGGUGAAAGCAACAUAUGA